AUGGCGGUCGAGGCACUUGUGCGCUACACGCUGACCGGAUCAGGCGCGUUGAGGGUGAAGAUCUCCGCGACAACAGACAAGGCGACACCCGUCAAUCUGACCCAGCACAGCUAUUUCAAUCUUGAUGGCAGCGAGACAAUUCUGGACCACAGCCUUGAGAUUGCGGCAGAAACUUAUCUGCCUGUUGAUGAGACCCUGAUCCCGACCGGCGAAGUCAGGCGUGUGGAAUGGACGCCCUUCGACUUUCAGGAUGGUCGCAGUCUUCGACGGAAGCCAGGCGAGGAGGAUCUGCAAUAUGAUCAUAAUUUCUGUCUGGCGGGAGAACCCCGGUCAUCGAUGGGCUUCGCGGCAGCGCUGGAAGAUUCUACAGGCGAACGGCGGAUGGAAGUCUGGACGACCGAGCCGGGUCUUCAGCUUUAUGAUGCGGCAAGAUUGAACGUGCCUGUUCCAGGGCUUGGUGGCAAGACCUACGGUCCGCAUGCGGGCCUGUGUCUGGAGGAGAUUUCAGAUGGCGAGUUGAAGCCGGCUGUCGAAAUCCCACGCCGCGCCGAAAUCGUUCUGGAAACUGUCAGGUGGGCGGACGCGGGCCGGACCAAGGAGGCGUUUCCGUUCGUUUGGCCCAUUCGCAGUCUGCGGCAGGAUGUCGAGAUCGAGCAUAUCGACGGUUUGUUGGGCCGCUACUCGAUGGAUGCCGGAACACCGGUUGGAGAAUUCACUUAUCAGGCGGCACGCGCAUCGGCGAACACCGCAUUGACCGGCGCCAAACUCAUUCUGGAUGGUGAAAAGUCGGCUUUUGCCCUGUGUCGGCCACCGGGUCACCACGCCGGCUUUGAUUUUUACGGCGGAUAUUGUUUCUUCAACAAUGCGGCAGUCGCUGCACAAUAUCUGCGCGACUACGGUUUGAACCGCGUUGCCAUUCUGGAUGUCGACUAUCAUCACGGCAACGGCACGCAAGCUCUCUUCUACGACCGCCCGGAUGUCCUGUUCCUGUCGAUCCACGCUGAUCCGAAGAAUGAGUAUCCCUAUUUUCUGGGAUUUGCGGAUGAAACGGGUGAACAUGCCGGAACCGGUUUCACCCGCAACUGGCCCUUGCCUCUCGGCACCGAUUGGGAUGCCUAUACACCUGCCCUCGAAGAGGCCUGCCGCUGGCUUCUGGUCUACAAGCCGGAUGCGAUGAUCGUGUCACUCGGGCUCGACUGCUUCGAGAACGACCCGAUCUCGGGAUUCAGGUUCAAGAGCGAGGACUACAUUCUGCUCGGGCAACGCCUUGCCAAAGUAGGUGUGCCGACGCUUUUCCUCCUGGAAGGGGGAUAUGCGGUCGACGCCCUUGGCACAAAUUGCGUGAAUGUCCUGGAAGGUUUCGGGGGCUCAUAG